AUGAGGCCUUCAUUGUCUCUGUUUAUCCUACACACUCCAGCUUGUGCUCCCGAUGCUGGCUUCGUAGACCUUCCCCGACUGGAUAGUCCCGAGACGACGAAUUCCUAUGAGCUUGACACCUUGCUGCACUGUCAGUCCACCGACGAGUGCGAGCGUUGCGCACGAAAGAAGCGGCGGAGAUCCUUCGACGCCUAUCCAUACCAAUCUUGCUCUCCUAUUAUUUCUCGACGACCUCCGCCGUCGGAGCUGCGAGGAUGCAAGCGUCUGAUUGCUACUCUAUUGCAUUUAGCCUGUUGUGCACGCUCGCGCAGAAGAUAUCAGUUGUUAACUCGUUAUCGUUAUUACAAACAGAAGAAACCCUUCUCCGCCAUCUCUGUCCACGUCGAACAGUUAACCUCCGAAACUUACGAAGAAGAUGAUCUCGCAGGUGUCCCCGAUCUUCUCGAAGUUGUCAAGUUGCAAAAUACGGGAGCGCAGGAAGUUGCCCGGGCCUUGCGGAAGAAGCUGAAAUAUGGCGAUGUCCAUCGACAACUGCGGGCGUUGACAAUUCUGGACGGCCUACUACAAAAUAGCGGGUCAAGAGUUCAGCGGUCUCUUCUUUCUGAUGGACCUUUAUUGGAACGCCUCCGUAUAGCCGCCGCUGAUCCCACAUCAGACCCUGACGUCCGAAACAAGUGUAAAGAUCUCUUUGGUCAAUGGAUGGCCAGCUCAAAAGACAAUCCGGGAUUGGAAGGAGCAAAGUCCCUCUAUAAUCAACUGCCAAAAACGCAGAAGCCGGUGCAACAACGACGAGAGCAGAGCCGCGUGCUCCGAGAAACAGAAGAGGAAGUGCAAAGAGAGCAAGAAAUGGAGAUGUCAAGGACCCGAUCGGAUAGCUUUGGAAGAUCCGGGGAACCAUCAAGCCCCACGACUUUGCGCAAGCAGAGUUCUCCGGUCACUCUGGGCCAGUCCUCAACAUUCGCGCCGAAGAAAGUGAAGAAGGACAAGAAAAGCAAGGUCAAGGGAUUCAACCUCGAGCGUGAGAAACCCGCCAUCUUGCAAGCCAUCGCGGCGUCCUCGGUCGCUUCCACUGGCUUAAAUAACGCUUUGAGACUGGUUAACCGAGAGUCUGAGCGAGUGUCUGACAAUGCCGAAGUGAUGAAACGCUUUGAAACAUGCAAGCAACUUCGCCGUCAAAUUUUGCGGUACAUUCAAUUUGUCGAGACGGAGGAGUUCCUGGGAGGACUGAUCCACGCUAAUGAGGAGUUGGUCACUGCUCUGAUGGCCUUCGAAGUGCUUGAUAAGUCCAUCGAUGAUGAUUCAGACAGCGAGCUUGAAGAGGCUCAACAUCUCAGUAGACAGGCGGCCAAGGGCGAGCAAUCUGCUGCCAGGGACGCAGAGAAAAUGAUAGCAGGCCUGAGCAUCUCCAGCCCACCGAAACCCCCCCGACCAGCUCCAGGGCAUAUUUCCAUGCCUCCACCACGACCAGCAUCGAAUGCUAAGAAUUGGAGGUCAAAGCAGAUUGAAAGUGACAGCGAGAGCGAGACGGAUAUGGAGGACGAAGAUGAUCCGGACGACCCCUUUGGCGACAAGAAUGCGAUGAAGACGCCUGAUCCCGACACGUCGGGAAGAAAGGGAUACACAUGGAAGGAAGUAUAG